AUGCGUGGUGUCGGUCUUCUCCUCUUGCCCGUAGUCGCCAAGCUGGCCUCUGCCCAGUCUCAGUACAACAUCAAUGUCACCGCUGUCCCCGAGGCUACCAGAGACAUCUGGUGCAGCAACCAGCAGAACGCCUGCCCUCUGAUCUGUCUCCAAACUCCCGCCAACUCGUCUGACACCAUCGAGAACGACUGCGACCCCGACACCCUCGACUACUCCUGCAUCUGUGCCGACAACAUCGCUCCCAACGCCUCCGAAUACUCCCAAACAAUCCCCUACUACAUCUGCACACAAUGGGGCACUGAGUGCAUCGCCCAAUGCGGCGGCAACACCGACUGCGAGUACAACUGCCGCGCUCAACACCCUUGCGGUGCUCAGAACCCCAAGCGCGUCAACACCACAACCUCUUCGUCGGCAACCGCAUCAAAGACCGGCUCUGUUGCUGGACAGGCCACAAACUCUGCUGGCCAGACUGUAUUCAGCGGUCUUGGUGGCAGUGGCAGCGCUGCUCAGACUGGAAGCAGUAGCAGCUCGACUGGUGCAGCUGCUGCUCUGCAGCUUGGUCAGGCUUAUGGCUUGUUUGCCGUUGCGGCUGGUAUCUUUGGCGGCUUUGCUCUCCUUCUUUAA